AUGCUGCUCGAAUAUGCGCUGAAGCGUUGUUGUCAGUUUGUGCUCAUGAGGAAAUUCCUCCAAUUCAAUCAAAGCAAGAUUCUUCCCAUGCUCGUUCUGUUCAGCGAGCUCUCGAUUCAAUCGGUUUCAGCUGAGAUGUACAGGCAAGAAGCAGUCCCGUCUAUGUAUCAUACAUGCAAGCUACAUGAAGACUGUGACGAAAGCAAGAAUGUCACAUGA